ACUCCUACUGUAGUAUAAAAUCAGUACCGCGUAGCUUCUUUCGCUACACAAAACAAAGUGCAAAAUAUCACUAAUUAGCAGCUUCCGUAUUGUUGAACCUUCUUCUCCGUUUAAGUUAUAUUAAGUCAGAUUGUUUAAAAGCAAAUGGGAGUAGCAAGGGAUAAGCUAUCAUCAUACUGGUGGUGGUUUAACAGUGACAAAAAUACCACCCAAAACCGGUCGUCGUGGCUUCAAUCAACUCUAGCCGAACUAGAUGAGAAGACAGAGGCAAUUCUCAUGAUAAUUGAGGAAGAUGCAGAUACCUUCGCCCAAAGAGCGGAGAUAUAUUACAAGAAGCGACCACAGCUCAUUAACAUGAUUGAGGAAAUUUAUCGUGCCCAUCGGUUGUUAGCUGAGGGAUAUGAUCAAAUCAAGCAUACAACUGAGCCGCACAUUUUGGCAUCGUGGAAGUCUCCAUUUCCUUUCACAAAAUAUCCAGAGGAGAAAUUGAUCAACUCUAUGGAGAAAGCCUAUGACAGCUAUUCAGAAUCCUUUGACCCUGCGUCUGAGUCUUCUGAUUUAUCUGAGGUAGAGGAUCCUGAAAACGACGAAGAAGAAAUCCAAAUCCAAGUAGAGAAGGCGAUACUGGAAGGUGGCCUUAGCCUUAAAACUGAUGUAGUACUGAAUCUGAGGGAAGAAAUUGAGAUACUGAAGGAACAGAGUAGAGUUCAACAAGAGCUUCUAAUGCAGAAAGAUGAAGAGAAAAGAGAGGCAAUCAGACAGCUUUGUAUAGCUUUGGAUUUGCUGAGGGAGGAAAACAAUAGGCUGAGGAUGAGUGUAGCUACGACUUCUCCGAAAAAGGAAAACUCCAUUGAGCUCAAGGCUUCAAAGAAGGGGUUCUGGAAAAGGCUCUUUAGCUGAUCUCCUAAAUCAGAGUCUGCAAUUGUUACUAAAUGCAACUGAUCAAGUACUAGUAAUUUAGCUAGUAUAUGUAGAAAGAGAUACUCAAAGAUUAUACUUCAUUUGUGUAGUAUUAUACCUCAGAAAUUAUUCUUGAUAUUCUUUAUAGUAUAGCAAAAUUGUCAUGUAUAAUAGUGUAUGUCAGUUUCAUUUUAAUAUUCUUUUGUUGGGCAUAUCAGCUGUGUUCAUAACCCCUCAAACAGAGAACGGAAAAGCAUGAAUUUUGUAUACAAA